AAUAUUAAACUUUAUUAUUCAUGGCUUUAUUUCCAGGUACCAAAUUUCACUUCAAAUGGCUUUUAUGCUGCAGGUAUUCUCAAAAGAUGGAUGUGCCUCGGGAAAGAAGAAAAAAGCGGACUGAAUAUCACUACGCAAACUUGGAUGAUGAGAAGAAAUAUUUCUUGGUGCUUAUGAUGGAUGAUUUUCAAGAUGAUAUGAUCGUCCCAAAAGAAUUUGUUCAGCGUUUCAAGGGCGAAUUCCCAGGAGAGAUGAUACUUGAAACACAAAAUCGUCGCAGUUGCAAAAUUGGAGUUGCCAAGAACAAUGGAAAGCUUGUCUUCACAGUGGGAUGGGGGAAAUUCGUUGAAACCUUUGGUCUAAAGAUGGAUGACACCAUAUUAUUCAGAUACAACGGGAACUCUCAGUUUAAUGACAUAAUUUUUGAUGACGAUGGCUGUGAGAAGGCAUCAUCAGUUUUUUCGGAUCCUUCUCCGCCUCCUGUGCAAGAAAGGCACAGAAGUGCUACUGAUACUGUGAAAAGUUCUCAUGUUCAUACUCAGGCAAUUCAAACAGAGUCAUUUAGCAUAGUGGAAGGGAUGCCGAUGGGGUCACCAUGCUUCAAAAUGGAAAUGGACAAGUCAUGUCAAGACAACAACACCGUGAUAAGUAUUUCCUCCUGCGAGUCAUCAGGAGAAUCUUCCUCUGAAGAAGAAUAUGUAGUACAUAAAGUGCCUCGUUCCGAUUAUGUCAGGAAGAGGAAGGCCGGGCAGUUGAAGGAUGCCAAUGGAGUGACCACACUAUCUUCAUUUAAGCAGGGGCAGUUGAAGGAUCAUUACAUUACCGCCCACAAGACCAAACUAACUUCAACUCAAAAGGAAGUGGUGAAGCAGAAGGUCCAAUCCAUAUACACAGAGAUCCCCAUAUUUGUUGCUGCGAUUUGCAAGUACAAUGUUGUUGUAGAAUUCUUGCUGACUUUCCCCAGAUACUAUGCUAAGAAAUAUCUUGGAGAGGAGCCACACAUGUAUCUUCAGCGGAUGGGCCGGAAGUGGGAUGUGUGGUUUAGUGAAAACAAUGACUGUAAAAAUCUCAGGAGGGGAUGGAGACAGUUUGUAGAAGACCACAAGCUGAAGAUUGGUGAUAUCUGCCUCUUUAAACUGUUGAGCAUUCAGAGUAGAACCAUGGAGGUCUACAUCAUCCGUGCAAACGAUGCCAAUUAUCGGGCAGGUCUCCAGAAUGAUAGUGACCAGGAAGCGGCUUUCCAGGGAGGGGCUCCUGCUCAUCAUGCGCAUGGAGUUAAAACUGAAGCUAUGGAAGAAGAUGUUGUUGCCCUUGAUGGUGCCUGAUUGCCCAAGGAAAAAGUCUGGUGUCUGAAGACUCUGAACCAAGCGUAGCUGCUGUUUUUGCGCUCUCUGGAAAACGAGCGAUCCUAUCGAUCAUAAGGCCUUGGUUACAUUGUAGUAGAAAGUUUAAACUACCCUGGUGCUCGAUCUUGCUCCGUAUUUUCUUUGUUUUCUUAGCAGGCUAGCCGUGCACGUGGCCUGGAACUCCACUAGUUGUGGUUUAGCUGCUUUUAGUUCCCUUUCUGCACCUAUGGAUGCUGCCUUUGUGGUUGCAGUUUAUUUCGUUAUCGUGAUGAUGAUAGUGGAACCCGGCCCUUCAUGGCUGUUAAAUUUGGAUGCUUUCAUUUAUCGAGAUGCCAUGU